GUCGAUGUUAACUACCGCCACCGACGGUCAGCUACAGUUGACGUUAGCUACCGCCACCAACGGCCAGCUACCGACUGUUGACGUUCACUACCGCCACCGACGGCCAGCUAUCGUUGACGUUAGCUACCGCCACCAACAGUCGGCUACCGACCGUGGACGUUAGCUAACGUCACCAACGAUCGGCUAGCUCAAGCCCGACGAGCUAACUAGUGGCUUACGAUCUGUUCGUCAUCAGCCGGACGAAGUGGUGGCAAGAUGGCGGCGCCCAUGAGGAGGACACUGGUCGCUCUUCACAGAGCAACAUGCAGCAGUUUGAAGAAUGCCGAGGCGUCUCUGGACUUGCGGCAUCCCGUCCCGCUUUACGUGCCGGUCCGCACCAAGAAGCGGUACUUCGUCCCUCCGGCGGCGGGUCUGAAGAGGAAGCAGCAGGAGGACCCGGAGGCCGCGGCCCGAGCGGCCGGCCUCGUCUUCAGACAGCAGUACUUUGAGAGGCCCAUCAACAUCUCCUGCACCGCGGGUAUCUUCGACCCCUACGUCCCUCCGGAGGGCGACGCUCGUCUUUCCUCUCUGUCUAAAGAAGGCCUGAAGCAACGGACCGAACAGCUGCGGCAGAGCGCCGCCUCGCAGCUCGCGAUUCGUAAAAUCAAAGAGCACGACCCUCAGUUCACUUCGAGGGGUUUCGCGGAGCGAGCGCGGGAAAUCUUUAUCGAGGCCCACGGCGCCCUGACACGGUUCGACAAGGAGAAACUUCACUCCCUGGUGACAGAAAGGGGUUAUCCUGAGAUGACGAGGGGGAACCGUUACAAGACCAUCAGCUGGAGGUUUAUCGAGUCCCUGGAGCCGCCCAAAGUGGUCCACGCCCGCUGCCCCGACAUGGUCACCAAGGGCAACCUGUACGGACAGGUGACGGUGCGCAUGCACUCCAAACAGAUUCUGGCCAUCUACGACCGCUUCGGGAGGCUGAUGCUGGGCAGCGAGGAGCAGCCCAAGGACGUGUUGGAGUACCUGGUCGUAGAGCGGCACCUCGUCAACCCCUACGGCCGCUGGAGGCUCCACGGGAAAAUAGUGCCGUCCUGGGCUCCGGCCAAAGACCCGAUUAUUAAGACCGUCAUGAUUCCCGGUCCAGAGCUGAAGCCGGGACAAGAGUUUGAGGCCCUCAACUACGAAGUUCCCAAACCAAAGGCGGUUCAGUGGAAUAAAUAGGCCACCGGGUGGCGCCGCCCUCAGCGUCCAACCCCACUGGGACAUUAUGAGCAGCCAUGCGCCAAAUGCAGUUUUAUUCUGGCUGUGGCCGGUUAGUUUGGGCGCCUCUUAUCUGUUUGAGAAGCGAUGGAAAGCAGCAGGUGAGUUUUUUUUAUUUUUAGGAUGAACAAACUACCGAGUCCAAUAAAGCUGCUGCUCUCCCUGCAACACACAACAGUCAGGAAUAACAACAACAACAACAACAACAGUGAUACAUUUACUCAAAGUUGUUUCAUAGUGUUUUAAGACUAACUUACAAAAUAAAAUGUGCAGACCUCCAGAAACUGAAUGGUUUAUUUCUGUGAUGAAUAUAUACUGCAUGUUGAAAUACAAAAAUAAAGUGUCCCGUCUGCGUCAAUUUAA